AUGUUCCGGCAAUCAGCCACCAGACGAGCAACUCUGCUCCUACGCAACACCAAACCUAGCACCACCACCAACUCCAUCACAAACCGCUUCGCCACCGCUCAGCGACGCUUCGCAAGCACCGAAGGAGGAGACACUAUCGUCCCCAACCCCCCCUCACAGAAAAGCCGCAGCUGGCGCAACCGCCUCGUCCGUCUCGGUCUCGCCGGCGGCGUCAUCUACUUCUACAACACCUCCAUCGUCUUCGCCGAAGAACCCACUCUAUCACUAAGGCCGCAACCACUAGACUCGGAAGAUGCGCCGACCUUGAACACACUUGGCCAAAAAGUCGGGCUCAAAGCUCGCGAUGAGCCACCUGCGCCGCACUCAACCGAUGCGCAGGUCGUGGAUCCUCGCCAGCAGCAGCAGGAAGGUGGCCUUGAAGGCUUGGAGCAAGAAGCUAAGCACGAAGGCGCAUUCAACCCCGAGACUGGAGAGAUCAACUGGGACUGCCCGUGUCUAGGCGGCAUGGCCUAUGGCCCUUGUGGUGAAGAGUUCCGGGAAGCGUUUAGCUGCUUUGUGUACUCCAAGGAGGAGCCCAAGGGCAUGGACUGUAUUGAGAAAUUCAAGGGAAUGCAAGACUGCUUCCGCCUGCACCCCGAAGUCUACGGCUCCGAACUCCAAGAAGACGAAGUCGACGAACAACUAACCGAACAAAUCGCCCAACGAGACCGCGAAGAACAAUCCAUAAAAAGCCAGAAAGAGCAGCAACAACAACAACAGCCCCCAUCCGCAGAAGAUGUAAAAAUCACAGACCCCGCAGUCUUAAGCCUCAACGAUGCCGAGAAACACGCCGAAACGGAAGAACUCCGCAGAGCCGAUGAGGCUGCCAAAGUCGCAAAUCAGCGGGAAGAGGAACUUGUGCCGAGAGCGUGGCAUGAGAGUGAAGGACAGUCCAAAACUGAGAAAUGA